CAGAGGCGCUGUGUCUGUUUUAUCAUCUCCCAUAAGCGGAUAAUUGUUUUUGUUAUUAUUUUUUUCUUUACAAAGUCAAACAUUGCCGAUUGUCAUUAAUUUGACAGUUUUUAUUUUGAUAAAAGAAUAAUAAUCUACCAUUAAUGAAAUGUGUAAAUAGUUAAAGUGCAGGAAAAAAUUUAUAAAACUUCUCAUCAUAAAUUUCCAUUGAAAUAUUUUUACAAAAAAAAUGAAUCCGAUUAACGAUGCAAUGCCUACCAAAGAUGGCAAUCCAGCAACAGAGGUUGAACAAUUACAAGACUUGGACAAAACUACAGAAUUAUCCAAUAAUUCAAGUGAAAAUUCCGAGAAAAUCAAAACAAUAGAAGAUGUCGGUACAACUGACACAGAAACACAAAUAGACGACAAUGUAAAUAUACCUGGGGAUAAGAAGGAAAUAGUUGAACAACAGGUAAAAACAAAACCUGACAAUGAAGGCAUAAAUAAGUUGAAUGAAAACGAUUCUGAAGCUGUAUAUAAUGAAAAAGGAAUUACUGAAGAAAAUAUAAAUAAAAUAAGAGAUGAUGUUACUGCGCAUUCUGAACCGAUUGCCAAACAACAAACUGCAUCAAUAUUGAAAGAUGGUGAGCAGAAGACGGAGGAAGAAAUUAAUGGUUUAACAGAAAAUACAAAUAAAAACUCAAAUAUUGUAACGGAAGAGGAAAUUGAAGAAUAUGAAGAUGUUGAAAUACCCGGCGAUGAAGAUGUUGAUGAAAUAAUAGUUCCCGAUGAAGCCGAGGCAGAAGAUUUAACUGACGAUAAAGAUGAUGAUAUUCUUGACAAGUCCUUUAAUGAAGAAGACAGUGAAACGGAAGAGAAUGAAAUCGACACGUCACUGCAUGAGGAAGAAACAACCAAAAGUAGUGGUGCUGCCGAAAAAGAAGAAAAUGAAUUAUCAGUAGUUGAUGAUGAUAGUGACAAGAAAUCGUUAAAUAAUGAUCAACCAGAAGACACUAAUUCAAAGGACUACGAAGAAGAGGGAGACAUUGAAAAUAUGCCUAUUGAGCCAGAAUUGGUUGCUAUAGAAGAAGGUAGAAAAAUUUCCGACAGUCCUUUGGAAGAAUCUAAAACAAACGACGAACAUAUUGAUGAAGAUACUACCAGCCAAACAACAAUAUAUGAUCCGCUAAAUUGUACAGACAAUCAAGAUCAAGACGAAGAAAAUACCGAUAAUUUAAAAGUUAUUGAAAAUGAAAACUCUAUGACAAACAAAUCGGUUGACAAUGAUGAUGAGGACGUUAACGAUUAUGACGAAGAAGAUGACGAAGUACAAUUUGUUGAAACUCGCAAUUCUCCAAUUUGCAUCGAAUCAGACGACGAUGAGGCUGAGUCUAAGGAUACCACAGAGACGUCUAAUAGCUCGAACAAUAAUAAAAGUGAAAAUAGCAAACAGACUAUAACUACAGCCACUGCAACAGUAACCGUACCAAAAAAUAUAGUUGUAACACGUACAAGUGCUAGAAAGUCAACUGCAAAACCCCCACAACAACAACAACAGCAGCAGCAGCAGCAAAAAACAGGCAACAACAGUCCGACAACAGUGACUCAAUUAAAAACUAAAUCCAAAAACAUUAGUUAUUUGCAAAAGGCCACUAAUUAUAAGCGUUCUUCAUCUGCCCCAUCAGCACAACAUAUAGUCGAUUGCAUCGAACUAUUGGAUAGUUCUGAUGAAGAAUCGGCUCCCUCACGCAAGCCACAGGCAAAAACACCACAAAAACGUACACUGUUGGCAGCCAAAGGAAAUUAUUAUAAAACCAACAGCAAAACUACAAAUACUGGCGGCAACAAUCGUCUGCCCAAUAAUUUCUCACCCCAAGUUAGACAACAGACUAAAAAGCCUGCUCCUCUACCUCUACCACCUCCGACACCACAAUCAAAUUUUUUAAAUGCCGUUCAACUUCAACCAGCUUCAGUAUCAGGGCCCAAUCCUCCGGCUUUUUCAGCUUUACUCUCCAAUAAAAGUGUUAUAAUACCGAAUGCCUUUUACGGCAAUCCACCCAGCGUAAGAGGCACCACUGACACCGAACUAGAUCGACGUUAUGGCAGGUGGUUGGAAAAUUUUCUAAAUCAAUUUUGUAAACCUCAAUUUGUGGCCACACAUUCGUGUUUUGUGUUCCUACAGAGAGCUCUAAAGUACAAGGAUUUCGUCCGAAUUAAAACGUUACGUACCAACAUGAACAGUCAUGCCCAAUCCUCCAAUAAUGAAAUAAAUGGUCACUUAAUGACAGAUCUAAGGACAAUUUUUUUGAAGAACAGUAAGAAAAUCACUAAUUAUGGACGUCGUUUCUGUGAAUUGACAUGUUCUUCGUUGCAUGGUAAAACUGUUGCUCUUAUGUCUCAUGGCAUCAGCGGAAAAGUUACCCUUAAAACUUGUAAUAUGGAUGCUCCUAGAGCACCGAAUGCUACCGUCUCUUCUGCACCAUCGUCUUCUAAUGUUAAUAACAUUUCUUUAACGCGAAAGCGACAACUUGAAGAGGAUGAGGACGAAUACACUCCAGAUAAAUCGAAACUUAAGACAAGAGCCUUUCCGCCUUCUGAGAAUGGUGAUGAAGAUAGUGGCGAAACAGGCGAUGACCGUAAGCGAUCAUUGCGCACUAAACGUACAAAACGUUUAGACAACAGUUUCAGUUAUAAUGAAGAUGACUUAUUGGCGGAGUAUGAAAUUGACGAUGAGGACGAUGAGAAAUUGGCCCAAGUGGAAAUACAACGCAAAAUCGAACAGAAACGCUUGGAAGCUCAAAAGCAAAGGCAGCAACAGGUCAAAUCAUUUGAAAGUGCAUUUAUACAGGCUUUCGCCAAAAGUAUAGAUGGACCCACAACAUCAUCAAGCUCCACAAAAAAUGCUGCAGCGCAACGCGUAAGAUUCAAAAAUACUACAACAGCUACUGCUACUAGUAUUAAGCAGUACACGGCCAACAAUGAUGCAGAAGAUCUACUGCAGGCAACCUGGAUCGAAAAUUUGGAAAACGACGAUACUCAGAUUAUAUCCGACGACGAUGAGCCCAAGGAGCAUCGUAUUUAUAAGCAACAGAAACAAAAACAACAACAACAAUUGCAUCAGCAACAACAGCAAGAGUAUUAUCCGCCAACAAAUAAGUUACCCACCCGAUACAAUACCAAUUCCAGUCCCAAAUUUAGUAGCAGGGCUUCAAAACGUACCCAGCAACAGGAUGAAAUAAUUACAGGUGACGAUGACUACGAUGAAAACAAUUACUUUGCAAACAGUCCCUCAAACGUUGAUCCACUCUACUGGCCCAAAAAUGUUGAUCCACAAAUGCAUGUCCAUGGCAAACACAAGGACAGAUGUGUCAUUUGUAACCUAAGCUGUCAGCGCCUAGUUCAUCACUAUGUCAACGAACAUCGUGGCUGUGAAGUCUACAAUUCGCGUCUAUCCUCAUCGCAAAUUAAACUGCUUAAGCAGGGCAAUUGUACUGUUUCCAAUGUCAGUCUCUACAAAAACGGUCAGUUCCAAUACGAAGCAUUCUGUAUAUUUUGCCAGAAACAGUCACGUUUCAUGUUACCCUAUUGGUAUCAACAUUUCACCAUGCACACUGGGGAAUACGCUUAUCGCUGUUCCGGUUGUGGUGUUCGCAAGCCAACACGGUCUCUACUCACGCAACAUCAGACACAGGGAUGUCCCGAAGUUGGCGGCGUAAUACAAGAUUAUGCACAUGAUUCGAAAUCGUUGCAAAUUGAAGCCAGAAUCUGUACCCUAUGCAAUUACGUACAAUUACACCGUAGCAACAUAGUGAAACAUUUACAUCUACAGCAUAAUAUAAAACAAAUUCUACCAAAGCACAUACAAACAAUAGUGCUCAUGAAGACGCAAGCAACAUUGACACCAGCCACACCAACACCAUCCUCAUCUGGUCAGCAUAACAAACGUUUGUAUAAUGUCCCACCAUCUUAUAGUCGGUCCACACCGUCGUCGUCGUCAUACACCCCUAACACAUACAUCAUAGAUGACGAUGACAAUGACCAUGAUGUUCCUUACGAAGAAAUUACGCCAGAGGAAACAUCACCACAACCACAACAAACAAACUCUGAAAACCAUUAUUACAACUAUAUACCGCCGUACAUGCAAGCGGCAGUAAAUUCUGGAAACUUUUCAUUCGAAGAUGUCGAUGCCGGCGAUGAUUUAUCAUUUAUGAUUUGUGGAAUGUUAGAUGUACAAAUGAAUCCCGAAGCAAAUUAAUUAAUUUCGAUCAAAGUUGAAGUAAUAGUUUAAAACAAUCACAACUACACAACAACAACAACAGCAACAUACAAAAGUGACUUUAUCAAAUUAAUUCCUAAGAGUUCAUGUAGUUUUAUACAUUUUCCUCUAGCAAUGUAAUUUAUAUCUUCUUAUUAAUUUUAACGAUUAAAACAAAUACAUAUUGUUAUAUAAAAACAAACAAACAAACAACAGCAUCAAUUAAAUAAUUAUAGAAUAAAAUAUAUACAUACAUACACUACUAAA